AUGGAGACCCUGCCACUUGGUGGGACCGUGCACACCUGGGAGCAGGGGGGGCAUCAUGGGAGAAAGCUGCUGAAGAAGGGGGCUGCUGACAAUACAUGCACACACGUGCACGAUCUGUUCCAUGAAGAUGCACAGGGUUUCCACCAGGCUUGUCAGCCGUGGUGGAAGAUCAAGCUGUUCGUGUGGGAGCCGGUGCUGUUUGGAACCUGGGAUGGCGUUUUCACCACCUGCAUGAUCAACAUCUUUGGUGUGGUUCUCUUCCUGCGCACCGGCUACCUGGUGGGGAACACCGGCGUGCUGCUGGGGCUGCUCCUCGUCUCCAUGGUCGUGGUCGUUGCUUUAGUGACUGUGAUGUCGGGGAUUGGGAUUUGUGAGCACUGCGGCGUUGGCGGCGGUGGGAUCUACUCCAUGAUCUCCACUGUGCUGGGGGGCAGGGUGGGGGGCACGGUCGGCCUCCUCUACGUGUUUGGGCAGUGCGUGGCGGGGGCCAUGUACAUCACGGGCUUCUCAGAGUCGGUGGCUGAGCUCCUGGGUCUGCAGAGCCAGUGGGCGGUGCGUUGCAUGUCGGCAGCUGUGCUCCUGGCGCUGCUCGGCAUCAACCUGGCAGGUGUGAAGUGGAUCGUCCGACUCCAGCUGCUGCUGCUGGCCGUGCUGGCCGUCUCCACUCUGGACUUUGUCAUCGGCACCUUCACACAUCUUGAUCCAGAGCAUGGUUUCAUCGGUUAUUCAGCCGAGCUUCUCACCAGUAACACAAUUCCAAACUAUAGCCCAGGAGAAAACUUCUUCACAGUGUUCGGGGUCUUCUUCCCAGCUGCUACAGGGGUUAUGGCAGGCUUCAACAUGAGCUCAGAUCUGCAGCGGCCGGAGCACAACAUCCCUGUGGGAACGCUGGCAGCUGUCUUCACCUCGUGGUUCCUGUAUCUGGUCUUUGUCUUUCUUCUGGGGGCCAUCUGCACUAGAGAAGCUCUGCGCUACGACUUCUUGAUAGCAGAAAAGGUCUCCUUGGUGGGUUUCCUCUUUCUGCUGGGCCUUUACAUCUCCUCCCUGGCUUCUUGCAUGGGGGGCCUGUACGGAGCUCCCAGGAUCCUUCAGUGCAUCGCCCAGGAGAGGGUCAUCCCCUCGCUGGCUUUCCUGGGAAAAGGGAAAGGCCCAAACAGGACCCCGGUGGCUGCCAUCUGUCUGACCAGCCUGCUGACAAUGGCUUUCAUUUUUAUUGGUCAAGUCAAUAUCUUGGCACCAAUUGUCACAAUCAACUUCAUGCUCACCUACAGCUUCAUUGAUUACUCCUACUUCAGUGUGGCCAUGACCUUCCUGCUUCAGACAAAACGGAAGAAGACGACCUUGAUUUCAGGAAGGCACAGCCGGCGCAGGUCGACCAAGCAGAGUUCCAAACCGCUGCUUGAAUCCGCUAGCCCCAACUACGGGAGCGGAGGCGAGAGCCCACAAGGUAAAGGUACUUUGUUGGAGUUCACCAGGGAUAUGGACCGGAUCUUUCCACCUGCCACAAAACCUGACUCUGUGUCUGAGAAGACCCCAUCAAGCCAAGAACUGAGCAGCAGGUAUGAGAGCAGAAAGGCCACCGCAAAGCGGAAGCUGAUGGACAGCUUCGGUCUGGACCUGAACAGCAAUGUAGAAGAGGAGAGAAGUUCAGCCCCUCCAGAGGAAGGAAAUGAGCUGCCGUUCAGAGACGAGGAGGUCAAUGCUGGAGAUCAACCUCAGGUUAAACGCCACACAAGUGAAUGUAGCGUGGAAUCUGAGUCAUCUGCAGAAAGUCUCAGUCACACCACAGGUGAUGGAGAAAAAACAGAGCACCAGCACUUUGAAAUCCGACCUAUGAAAGAUUCCUGCUACACAAAGCUGUGUAACCACUGGAUUUCUCUCGUUGGGGCACUGAGUUCCAUAUUCAUUAUGUUUGUUAUUCACUGGGUUUAUGCUUUAGCAAACAUCCUAGUUGCCUUGCUGCUCUUCUUCUACAUUGGUAAAACAAGUCCUGGACUACCUAUAGGAAUUGCAGCUCAGUUCAGCUUUUUCACAUGGAUUAAAUCAAUACUUAGUAGCAUGUACAGGAAGAAAGGCUCUCCCCGGGAUGAAAUCGUAUUGACACCAUCUCUGUCUGGGAUCGGACUCAGAACAAAGCAACUGACAGAGGAAAACGCUGAUUUUGCCUCUCGCCACCGUUAUCACCAGUCCUCGUUCAUCAUUGCAGAAAAUGUGGUGCAAUCGCCACUACCCUGA